AGUUCAAGUUCAAAGCACACACACAGCUGAAAGGAAGUGGACAUGAAGUUUCGAGGCACGUCCUGCUGAAAAUUCAACCAUCGUCGACCGUAGUGGACUGACGAAUAGUACAAGAACAAUGGAUUUUGAAAAUCCUAGUUAUUUUUCGGUUCCAACCGAUGAGCCGGAUUGUGCUUCUAGUCAGAUCAGAAGAAAAAACAGACAGUGUUACUCAGAAAGUAACUCAGAAUCAUCACUCACGCGGCAACUCACACCUCCAAGAUGCAACAACAGAAGAGAACUACGAAAUUUUUUUAGAUCCAUCAGCAGCAACUCAGCAGACUCGAACCAAGAGCUUUUGAUCAUGGGCGAGCCACGUCUGAGCGACAUGGCUCCGGACUUGGCCUUCAAACACCCCAGCAGAUCCAAUUCUUUAAAGAGAUCACAAGAAAACCCUCAGUUUUUACCUCUAAUGCCAGCUUCGGAAGAGCAUUCUGACGAAUUGGCUCAAGAGGACGAAGUCUUUCUUGAAGAAGAUAGUGCAAGAUACACAAAUAUCAGUGCUAGCAGAAGGAUAAGCAAUGGAAACUCUAGACCAAAAGGUACUUCAAGUCCAAGACGGCAUUCUGUGGGUACUUUUUCGGCUCGGGACAGGACAAACAGUGUUGCGUCCUCUUCGAAAAGCUUCAAGGAUGAUUUUUCGCAGAUGGUGCAAGAAACCGACGUGAUGGCUGCCUCUGCCAUCGACGAGCAUUCGCUGAGACACAUGUCCUACCCAAGGAAAAGAUGUGUAAAGUGCUCUAAAGGCACGCUGUCAAGACAACACCACGCCAACAUGGAUGACAUUCUCAUAGUGUCGGCCAAAGAUAGCGAACCUGCUAAUCUGUGGGUCGAUUAUUUCACCACCUGGUUUCAACAAGUGGGCAAAUCAGCCAAUAGAAAAGCAUUCAAAAUUCAAAAACUUUUCUUGGAAGACGCACUGACGUCGAAAAUUGAAGACCAAAAAUUCAUAGAUGGCGCUACUGGCGUCAAGUUACAGCUUGUAGUCGUUUGUCCAGUGUUUCUGGAUUUCAUUUCCGAACAUCCGGAUGAAGUUAGCAACUUAAUCAAAGUUUUGCUGCCAGAUAGAACUCUAGCUCUUCUUUUAGGAGUUACUGAUGAUGAUUUGAACGAAGCUCAUAAGAAAGCACUGCCAUCUUAUUUUCAAUGGCAAAGGCAAACUGUCGGUCAAGACCAAGACGAAGCUUUCACCAAGGAAUUUCUGGAUCACGCCAUGAGUAUUCUGGCGAAGAUAUGGAAACAGCAAAGUUCAGUCAUAGCACAGGAGAAAGCUUGUUUCUCGGUCACACCAAAGAAAAUUAGACAGGGUCAAACGAGUGUAUUCAUCUUUUUGACCCACCCCCUGCAAAAGGAGGACAUUGUGAAAAUAUCGGUGGAGCGCAACGGCGAGCUGCAGGAGGUGAAAUCGAUGAAAAAGCGCAACCCGUACAUGGUGAAGAUCAGCGUGCCGGAAAAUCUGACCGACGUCACCGCCAUCGUCAAUAUCCUGGUGGAGAAGAACGGCAACAUCAUCGGCAGCCGGCCCAUCAAGUGCGAGAGCAAGCUGAAAGAGCUGGAACAGAUACUGCGGUCGACGACCAAUCCCGUCGACUUUAUGUGUCAGACCCUUGGAUUCAGUCCAGCAGAUCGCGAACACUUGGACAGCUGGUUGGUGCACAAUUUCCAAAAAAACUUACCGCCAAAUUUCAAUCUUCUAUCCAAUAACACCACCCCCUUCGCUGCUGCAGUCCAAGUCCAUAAACACAGUAAUGAAGAAUUCCCAUCUUUGUUACAUUUUGCUGCCAGGUUCGGUCUGGAAAAGUUAGCCGUCCUGUUGCUCGACUGUCCAGGCGCCGAUGUGGCUUACGAAGUUAAAAAUGUCUUCGAUAUGACACCUCCCGAAAUAGCUGACGCAAAUGGACACCACGAACUCUCCAACAUGUUUAGGGGUUAUAUUAAAAUGAACGAAGUGAGCACUACGUAUGCUAAGUUAAAGGAAAUUAGGAAAUGUGAAAAAGAUGAUGAAGGAUACUUGAAACCAAACGAAAUAGUGGAACAGUUCUACAAAAUGUGUCCGCCACCUCGUCCAGUAAACCCGGAGUUAACCCGGAUUUCUCCAACUCCGGUCACGCCAUCUAGCGAAUGUGGAAGCUCUCUGUACUUAGCUAUGGAUCGAACAGCCAUUGCCUUAUCUCGGGAAGACCUACGCAAGAAAACCGAAGACUCCGAACCCAAAAAACCUCCAAGCACUCAUCAUCACUCGCGAGAUCCCUCACCCAAACCGAAAAAAAACAAACCAAAAAUCGAAUUUGUAGAGGACAAGGUCCAAAAGGAACUGGCCGAGAUCCUUAUGGACUUCAAAAACAACGUCCACUCCCUGGCCCAAGUGGAGAAACUGGUGGAGGACUGGGAGAACAGGAACGACGUGCAAAAAUCGUACAAGGAAAAGAUGGAACAGUUGUCUGAAAUGAGACAGCGGUACGAGAAAAUCCAGCACGAAAUGAAGGCGGGAAUGAAGAAGAAUUCGCCCUUCGAAAGGUUCAGGAGGUUGUUCUCUAAGGGACACAAACACGAGGAAAAGUCCGAAGAGAUGACGACGAUGGCGGUGAUUUCGGCUCCGGCUUUGGCGCUGAACCAGAGCGCUAGGCCUAUCAGUAGUUUGAGUACUUCGUCGAGCGGGUCCAGCGGGAGGAUGAGUACUAUCAGUGGAUGUAGCGUGGGAGAUAGUGGAACUCAUUCUGAUAAUGAAGAACGAAAGCUUAUGCUUACCAACAGUCAGAACGAUGGAGAGUUUUUGAAAGAAGAACUGAGUAGGUGUAUGAUCGAAAUGAACUACACCCCCGUGCCUAUACCUAAACCAGUCAAGUUUUCGGUGAUGCGUCAUUUUGAAACCAUAGAAGAAAACAAGCCUAGCAUCAGGCCCGAUAGCCUACCAUUAGGCAACGAUCAAUUUUACAUACAGUUUCCACCAAAUGGGCAACCUGUCGCUGGUUUCACCGAUGGGAAUACAAAAAGCCCACUGGACAGUCCCAAAAACUCCUAUAUGAACUUUCCGGCAGGUCAGAGUACUCACGAGUACAUAAACUACAAAGUUCCGCCGUCGUCUUGAUAAUAAGACUUGUAUAAACUGAAAA